GAUAAACUGGUCGCCAUCUUGUCUUGUUCGUGAAGAAGUAGAAGCAUCGGACGGGUUGGAGAAGGUAUUGCGGGAGCGGUGGCGACAACAGUGUUCCAGAACGGGAGAUUCCAUCCAGGACACCACAUUACUUGUAGUUUCCUGUGUUCUUAGACUCCUGUUGGCUGUGACAGUUCCUCAGACAUUCCUUGGUUUUGAUGCCCUUGACAGUUUUGAAAGCUGGUCAGGAAAACUUUGAAGUCGUCGAAGAUUCAGCUUACAGUGUUGUGUGAAGUAGAGACAGGAAGACUAACCUAGACUAGAGAAGAAUUCUUCCAAAGGGCAUAAAUCUUGCUGCUAUGCCUCCAAGCUGUAGUCUGAAUCAACCUGUAUUUUAAGCAGAAGGUGAAUCUCUGAGACAGAAAAUCAAAUAUAUUUAACGAGUCAGGAUGUGGGAUCAAGGAGGACAGCCUUGGCAGCAAUGGCCCUUGAACCAGCAACAGUGGAUGCAGUCAUUCCAGCACCAACAGGAUCCAAGCCAGAUUGACUGGGCUGCGUUGGCUCAAGCUUGGAUUGCCCAAAGAGAAGCUUCAGGACAGCAAAGCAUGGUAGAACAACCACCAGGAAUGAUGCCAAAUGGACAAGAUAUGUCUACAAUGGAAUCUGGUCCAAACAAUCAUGGGAAUUUUCAAGGGGAUUCAAACUUCAACAGAAUGUGGCAACCAGAAUGGGGAAUGCAUCAGCAACCCCCACACCCCCCUCCAGAGCAGCCAUGGAUGCCACCAACACCAGGCCCAAUGGACAUUGUUCCUCCUUCCGAAGACAGCAACAGUCAGGACAGUGGGGAAUUUGCCCCUGACAACAGGCAUAUAUUUAACCAGAACAAUCACAACUUUGGUGGACCACCCGAUAAUUUUGCAGUGGGGCCAGUGAACCAGUUUGACUAUCAGCAUGGGGCUGCUUUUGGUCCACCGCAAGGUGGAUUUCAUCCUCCUUAUUGGCAACCAGGACCUCCAGGACCUCCGGCACCUCCCCAGAAUCGAAGAGAAAGGCCAUCAUCAUUCAGGGAUCGGCAGCGUUCACCUAUUGCACUUCCUGUGAAGCAGGAGCCUCCACAAAUUGAUGCAGUAAAACGCAGGACUCUUCCAGCUUGGAUUCGUGAAGGUCUUGAAAAAAUGGAACGUGAAAAACAGAAGAAACUGGAGAAAGAAAGAAUGGAACAACAGCGUUCACAAUUGUCCAAAAAAGAAAAGAAAGCCACCGAAGAUGCUGAGGGAGGAGAUGGCCCUCGUUUACCUCAGAGAAGUAAAUUUGAUAGUGAUGAGGAAGAUGAAGACACUGAAAAUGUUGAGGUCACAAGCAGCGGAAAAGUCACCAGAAGUCCGUCUCCCGUUCCUCAAGAAGAGCAAAGCGAACCAGAAAUGACUGAAGAAGAGAAAGAGUAUCAAAUGAUGUUGCUGACAAAAAUGCUUCUGACUGAAAUUCUACUGGAUGUGACAGACGAAGAAAUUUAUUAUGUAGCCAAAGAUGCACACCGGAAAGCAACGAAAGCUCCUGCAAAACAGCUGGCACAGUCCAGUGCACUGGCUUCCCUCACUGGACUCGGUGGACUGGGUGGUUAUGGAUCAGGAGACAGUGAAGAUGAGAGGAGUGACAGAGGCUCUGAGUCAUCUGACACGGAUGAUGAGGAAUUACGGCACCGAAUCCGGCAAAAACAGGAAGCUUUUUGGAGAAAGGAAAAAGAACAGCAGCUGUUACAUGAUAAACAGAUGGAAGAAGAAAAGCAACAAACAGAAAGGGUUACAAAAGAGAUGAAUGAAUUUAUUCAUAAAGAGCAAAAUAGCUUAUCACUAUUAGAAGCAAGAGAAGCAGACGGUGAUGUGGUUAAUGAAAAGAAAAGAACUCCAAGUGAAACUACAUCAGUUUUAGAACCCAAAAAAGAGCAUAAAGAAAAAGAGAAACAAGGAAGGAGUAGAUCAGGAAGUUCUAGUAGCGGUAGUUCCAGUAGCAAUAGUAGAAGUAGUAGUACCAGUAAUACUGUCUCUAGCUCCUCAUACAGUUCUAGCUCAGGUAGUAGUCACACUUCUUCUCGGUCUUCUUCUCCAAAAAGGAAAAAGAGACAUAGUAGGAGUAGAUCUCCAACAAUUAAAGCUAGACGUAGUAGGAGUAGAAGUUACUCUCGCAGGAUUAAAAUAGAGAGCAAUAGGGCUAGGGUAAAGAUUAGAGAUAGGAGAAGAUCUAAUAGAAAUAGCAUUGAAAGAGAAAGACGAAGAAAUCGAAGUCCUUCCCGAGAGAGACGUAGAAGUAGAAGUCGCUCAAGAGAUAGGCGAACCAAUCGUUCCAGUCGCAGUAGGAGUCGAGAUAGGCGUAAAAUCGAUGAUCAGCGUGGAAAUCUUAGUGGGAGCAGUCAUAAGCAUAAAGGUGAGGCUAAAGAACAAGAGAGGAAAAAAGAGAGAAGUCGAAGUAUAGAUAAAGAUAAGAAAAAGAAAGACAAAGAAAGGGAACGUGAACAGGAUAAAAGAAAAGAAAAACCAAAAAGAGAAGAAAAAGAUUUUAAAUUCAGUAGUCAGGAUGAUAGAUUAAAAAGGAAAAGAGAAAGUGAAAGAACAUUCUCUAGGAGUGGUUCUAUAUCUGUUAAAAUCAUAAGACAUGAUUCUAGACAGGAUAGUAAGAAAAGUACUACCAAAGAUAGUAAAAAGCAUUCAGGCUCUGAUUCUAGUGGAAGGAGCAGUUCUGAAUCUCCAGGAAGUAGCAAAGAAAAGAAGGCUAAGAAGCCUAAACAUAGUCGAUCACGAUCCAUGGAGAAAUCUCAAAGGUCUGGUAAGAAGGCAAGCCGCAAACACAAGUCUAAGUCCCGAUCAAGAUCAACAACCCCUCCCCGUCGUAAACGCUGAGGAAUGAUGUGGCCAGAAUGCCAUGAUGUUGUUUAAAAAAUUCCAUGAGUUUUAAGGGCUUGUCUCAUUAUAGAGGCACAUUGUGGCUGUGUAGGUGAAACCAGAGGUUUUUUUUUUUUUUUUUUUUAAUCUGUAAAUAGGUGUACUUUUUCCAAAUGCUGCUGCGAGUUACUUAAUAGAAUUUCUUUGUAUUACUUUUUUUUUUCCAAAAAAUAGUGCAUAAGACUAUAAACAUGCCAUUCUCUUUCAGCUGUAAUGUUCUUAAAAUUAUUCUUGAAUGUACUGUGAUGUCAAUAAAACUCUUUAGUUCAUUUUUGUUAACCUCUUGCACCUUAAUUUUAUGAUUUUAAUCUAAGGAAUGUAGUACUUUUAUAAAAAGGCAGCUGGAAUUUUGUAUACAGGUUUUACAGGUACUUUUCCCCAUUUCCCCCAAAGAAAAUGGUUUUAACUUAAUAAUUUGUCAAAGUUUGUAAAUUGAACCUUUGGACUUCUGUCAAAUUCCACCUUUAAGGGUGUGGAAGAGGGCCAGAAAUAGACCUAUAUUUUUCAUUUGGAAGCAUUUGACAGCUUUCUAAACUUCCUAUUUUGGGAAUUUUCAAGUAAUACAGUCUCUGUUUGUAUAAAGUGUGGAUCACUCCUGCAAAAUGACAUUGCUGAAAUCAUUCAAGCCAGUGCACCAACAGAAUUAUUUGUAAGGAAUGACUGUUUGACACUAAUAGUCAAGUCUGGAAUUAUUCUGCAGUUACCCACUUCCUGUUUUAGAAGCAUAUUUUAAACACUUUGGGAUUAUUAUACAAAUAAGACUCAUGAUUCAAUAAAUAAUUAUUUGUAUUUUUAAAGUGUACUAUGACCUCAGCUCAGUGGAGGAAUGCUGUAUUCAGGUCUGUGUCAAUUUCAUAAUACCAAAAUGGUCUGCGUUUGUCCACUUCUUAAAAUUCUCAUCAGUGAGUAGUCUUAACAAUUUAAGCCAGUCAUAACUUAACGAGUAAAAUGUGGCUCUGGAGGCAUUUUAGCUUAAAAGUUCAACUGCUUUCAGGGCCCAUCUUCAAAAGACUAUUCACUUAAUGCAGCAAUAGUUAAAUUUCUGAAAAUUCUUUAAAUUUUAAUUUAAAAAGAAAGAAUAACAGGUACAGGACACAAAAGUCUUGAAGUAUGCCUUCUUACCAACAGUAGUUCAUUUUAAAAUAAUGCCAGAUUUUUGCCAAGAUCGGUGUUUCCUCAAAAUGAAGAUAGAAAUGUGUAUCUCUACAUAGAUUCUUAUGUAAUUUUGAGCAAUUACGUACUUAUCUAAAGGAAAUAAAUCAACUGUGAAUAAAUGCACGUUUACCAUA